GAUGUAGUCUUUGAAUGCCUUGUGGUAGGACCUGAAAAACCUCCAACCUCCCUCGUCUCACCAACCAGCCUAAAACAUGCACAACUAAAAUAUCAUUUCUUCACUUUCAAGAUUCUCCAAGGUUCACCCCAUUCCAAUAUAUACGUGUAUCUCCCAUGAUUCUAAAAUAUAACCCCAAACAAAGGAAAAAAACAGAGAAGAUUUAUGGAGCAAUCAAGUAAAUGGAUGAUAUUGAUAGCAAGCACAUGGAUUCAAGCAUUUACAGGGACAAAUUUUGACUUCUCCUCCUAUUCUUCUGAAUUGAAAUCUGUUCUUGGAAUUUCACAGGUUCAACUGAAUUAUCUGUCUAUGGCAUCAGAUUUUGGGAAAGCAUUUGGUUGGUGUUCAGGUGUCUCUCUUAUGUAUUUCCCAUUAUGGUUUGUUCUUGUCAUUGCUGCUUUCAUGGGACUUGUUGGUUAUGGUCUUCAAUGGAUGGUCAUUCAGAGAAUCAUCAUUUUGCCUUAUUUCUUGGUAUUUCUGUUGUGUGUGCUGGCUGGCUGCAGUAUCUGCUGGUUUAAUACAGUAUGUUAUGUGUUGUGCAUAAAAAAUUUCGCAGCAAAUAGGCCAUUUGCAUUGUCCCUCAGCAUAAGUUUCAAUGGUGCAAGUGCAGCCCUGUACAACCUCAUUGCCAAUUCAAUUAACUCCAAAGAUGACACUCUAUACCUUCUUCUUAAUGCCCUAGUCCCCCUUGUCACAUCAGUUGCAGCUUUGCCUAUCCUCCGGCAGCCUCAUUCUCAAACCCUUCGUGCUGAUUCUGUUCACAGAGAAUAUCUCAAUUUCCGUUGCCUAACCAUACUAGCAGUUCUUACCGGCCUUUAUCUCUUAAUCCUGAAUUCGGUCUCAUAUAGUGCACAGACUGCUCGUAUCCUCUUGGCUGGCGCACUGUUCUUGCUGGUCCUACCGGUGAUUGCACCAGGGGUUAUCUGCACAGAAGAGUGGUCUCAACUGUUCCAUCCUAAUAAUUAUAUGUCACUCGAAGACAAUGAUCCUGAUGAUUUUGGAAUGCACAAAGAAAUGAUGUGGAAAGAGGCUUCGAAUAUGAGUUUUUGGACUGAAAAUUCUCAUGGUUCAAAGGAGAAGGAAAGUUGGACUAGCAGUUUUCUGUUGAGAGAUCGUUUGCUGCUGCUUGGAGAAGAACAUUCAGCAAAUCUGCUCAUGCAUAGGUUGGAUUUCUGGCUAUAUUACCUAGUAUAUUUCUGUGGGGGGACACUCGUACUCGUUUACAGCAACAAUCUAGGUCAAAUUUCAGAGUCACUUGGAUAUAGUUCGGAGAUCAGCUUUCUUGUUGCACUCUAUUCUGCAUGUUCCUUCUUCGGGCGCCUGCUUUCAGCCGCCCCAGAUUUCCUACGCGACAAGAUGUACUACGCAAGGACCGCAUGGCUUGCAUUUGCGCUGAUUCCAACACCACUGGCUUUCUUCCUGCUUGUUUUAUCAGGAAGCAAAGCUGCAUUGAGUGCUGCCACGGCGUUACUUGGGCUGAGCUCUGGUUUUGUAUUUUCAGCAGCAGUGUCGAUAACCUCUGAGCUGUUUGGCCCCAACAGUGCAGGAGUCAAUCACAACAUUCUCAUCACCAACAUCCCUCUGGGAUCACUACUCUAUGGACUUCUUGCAGCUCUCGUCUAUGAAGCAAACCUAGGAAAACCAAACCAAGUUCUUGUAUUAGAUGGAUCAAAGGUUUGCAUGGGUAGGAACUGUUACAUUCAGACAUUUAUGUGGUGGGGAUGCAUCUCUUUAUUCGGAGUAGCAUCGAGUUUCCUGCUUUUCUUAAGAACUAAAGCUGCCUAUGACAGUCAUGAAAGGAACCAAAAUUGGACGAGACUAAUCUGAGUGAGAUUAUCCUUCCGCACUGUCUUGAGACAGCUAUAUGAAGAUAGGUGCCAUUGGAAUCACUACCCCAUAGCGCAAGUAACAGCAGUCACGCAUAACAUCCUGAGAAAGGGUGGAAAAAGGUAUAACAUUUGACACAAAUGGUAGGACGGAAGCGUCUAGAUCAUGAGCAUGAUGAAACAAGAAUGUAAAUCCAGGCAGGUUAGCAUACUCUACUCUUUGCAUGAGUAAGGAAUAGAGAGAUAAAUUGAAAAUUGUUAAGGAAGACACAGAUAAAAAAGCUAUGGAAGUUGAAACUUGAUGGAAUAGGACUGUUUGAAGUUAUAAGUUUUACUGACAAGCUAUGCUGGCUUCUCCACAAAAGGUUAAUCCUCCGAUGAGAUACUAAAAUACUGUCAUCCCCUUCAAAUAGACUAUAAAAAAAGAUAGUUGAUCACCUGAAUCCAGAAAUUUUAUGAAGUUCCCCCCUCCUCCACUCUCUUCUUUGGGGCAGGGCACAUCAAAAGUUGAGCAUAGGAGGAAAAAAAAAUCGAAUGCCAUGUAAAAGUAAUGCGAAUGCAUUUAUUACCUUGACUGUCUUUGGGACAGAUUCUGUAUAAUGAGCAUUUAUUAUCUUGACUGUCUUUGGGACAGAUUCUGUAUAAUGAACACAAUACCGAUGAAGAAACUAGAUAAAACUAGAUACCUUGGAACAAGUUACCUGUUGCAGCAUUUUUAAAUGGCCUAAAAACCGUUCUUUUGUGUCUAAAUUUGUCGGACAUGCUCCCAGGAAUCAAAAGAUAUAGCUCAUAUGGUGCGUUUAUAAAGGAGAAAAGAAACAACUAGAAUGGGAGCAAACAGCUUUCUCUUUAAAUCAUUUGCAA